GAGUCAAAGUGAACGAGGAGUCGGAGACAUGGACGUGAUGAAAGAGCGCUGACCCCUCUUCUCCUGCUGGAUUCUCCCCGUCCAGGAGGACCGAGGAGGACCGAGGAGGAGGAGGAGGAGGAGGAGGAGGGGGGACCACUAUGGCCGAGCCUCUGCUGAAGAGAACCUUCUCCAGGCUGAGAGGCAAAGACAGAUCCAGGAGGAAGACGGACCCCAAACUGAGCGAUGUUCCAGUAAAGAACGACACUGUGCUCCAGACGCCUUCAUCGUCAUCAUCAUCACCACCGAUGACGACAACAAGACCUCCACCAGCAGCAGACCCUGACCCCCCCUCACCCCCACAUAACCACAUCACAGUUGCUAAGAAACAGUCGUGGGCACGGCAGGGCUCCGUGGCACCGCCCAGCGUCCUGCCCUCAGGUUCUGCCCCCAGACCCUCUGACCGGGAACGACCAUCAGGGACAUCCCAAGAUGCAUCUGGGCAGGCCUGGAGUCAGAGACUAGUACAGGAUAAGACAGAGCAGUGUGGCGACAGGGUGAGUGUCAGUCUGGCCUGGGAUAUGACCAGCACCCCCUGUAUUCCUGUCAGUUCUACGGCAGUCCACCAGGAAGCUCCCGAGCCAGCAGGGGGCCCCCCUGACGUGCCCGCUACCUCUGUCAGCACCAAGUCUGGCCAGCGUGCGUAUCUGCAAAGUCUGGAUCGCAGCAGCCGAGCCUGGGUGCUGUCUUCAGGAAAGAUCCAGGCUUCAGAUGAGGCCUAUAGGCUUCAGGAGGAUAGCGGCAGCAACAUCUGGUACAACCCGAUCCCUGAGGAGGAGGAUGCAGGAGGUCCACACAGAGAGGAGGAGAUAUGGAGGAAGAGGGAUGAGAGCGGUGACGGAGGAGCAUCAAAGAUUCCCGGAGAUAAAAGAGCAGAGCUCGGACGAGUGUGGGUCGGGCCAGCAGAGAGUCGUAGCAGUGACUGUCUACUGGAGGGCGCCAAUCCAAGUGUCAGCCACCACACUGAUGACAUCACAACAGAAAACACAGACUCCCAGCCUUCAGACUCUAGCCCCGCCUCCCAAAAGAAAGUGGGCGUGUCUGGUAGUGUGAUUGACAGGCUGAGGUCUCCUGGUACAGUGAGGAAACUCUCCCUAAAGAUGAAGAAACUUCCUGAACUGCGCCGCAAACUCAGCCUUCGCUCCUCGUCUCGUGCCCUUCGCCAGGGAAAUGACAGCAGAGGGGGUGGGGAUGAGUCAGCCAGUAAAAAUACCUCAUCGUCGUCUGCCUUGUCCAACCAGAAUGUGAUCAGCAGAUAUCACCUGGAUAGCUCCGCCCCUCCAACCAGACCGCUGCGACGAUCAUCAAGAGGGCGCUCCGCCAGUAAAGGAGGUUAUCUUAGUGAUGGGGACUCCCCCGAGCUGCUCCCACGGCAACCGGCCCUUCCCCUUACAACUUCCCAGGAAACGGCAUGCGACGUCAGCUCUUUCCGAUUGUACGUGGGCUCCGAUCCACAACGAUGCAGCCAGCGGGUGACGGGUUUACUGACUGUCCAUCUGAUGGGCCUGGAGGAGAUGAAGACCAGCAGGUCAGAGGACAGUAAGGAGGUCUUCCUGGCCAUCCAGAUCGAUGGGGUGACGAGAGCGAGGACUGCCCUCCUGACGCUGCGAGGCUCCGCCCUCUCAUUAAACCACGCCUUCCACCUGGAGCUGGAGAGAGCCCGGCAGCUUCGGAUAGUGGUGUUAACACCAGCCAAUCCACAAGCAGUGUGCGGGUCUAAAUCAGGGACAGAUCAGGGUCAGACUUCAGGUGGUCCAACCAGAAACCGAGUCUGCUGUCUGGGUGGAGUCUCCAUCCCGCCACUCUUUAAAGGGAGUCGAAGUCAGCAGCUCUGUGUGAAGUUGGAGCCCAGAGGUCUUCUUUAUGUCAAACUGUCACUGCAAGAAAAAUGGGACACACAGCCCAGCACUGACACAUCAGUGCCUUCUAAUGUGUUUGGGGUUGAACUUCACCAUCUAGUGGAGAAAGAAGGAUCUGCAUCCCCAGUCCCUCUACUGAUCCAGAAAUGUGUGGCAGAGAUAGAACGAAGAGGACUGAAGGUGGUGGGUCUGUACAGACUGUGUGGUUCUGCUGCGGUGAAGAAGGAGCUCAGGGACUGGUUUGAGAGGAACAGUUCAGCCGUGUGCCUCAGCGAGGACCUCUACCCUGACAUCAACGUCAUUACAGGUAUACUGAAGGACUACCUGCGGGAGCUGCCAUCUCAGCUCAUCACCAGGACUCUGUACCAGGUAGUCAGGGAGGCCAUGACCCUACAACCCCCACCUUCCCCACCUGCAACCCCAGAUCCUCAGAUGGCCCAGAGCACUGUGGAGCUGCUGUCCUGUCUGCCCCAUCCAGAGAGGGCCACCCUGUCUCUCCUGCUAGACCACCUCAGCCUGGUGGCGUCCUUCAGCUCGUCCAACAGGAUGACACACCAGAACCUCGCUGUCUGCUUUGGCCCAGUGCUCCUCACCCCAACCCAGGAAGCGUGGAGGGGGGGGGGAGGAGGUGCAGGGAGGGGAGGAAGAGGAGUGGGGAAAGGAUUCGGUCAUGGUGAAGAAAUAGCAAGUGCGGUGGAUUUCAAACGACACAUCGAGGCGCUGCACUACCUGCUGCAGCUGUGGCCAGUGCCGACCCAUCGAGUCCCAGCAGAUGAUCACAUCAAAGUGUCCCCGCCUCCCUCCCCAGCCCUCACCCAUAACCCCCUGCUCCAGCAGCAGCAUCGGAAACCUGCGCUGCGAUUGGCUCUGCCCCAGAACCCAGAGGAGGUGGUGGUGUCACGUCGAGGUCGAGGCGGUCUGGCCCGGCUGGAGAGUCCGCCACCGAUCAAUCGGUACGCCGGAGACUGGAGCGUCUGUGGACGAGACCUUCUGUCCGGACAGGAGGCUGAUUAUGACGAGGUGGCAGGAAGUGAGAGUGACGGAGGCAGCGGGGAUGAAGAGGAGGAGAAGAAGGAGGCGUGGUCGUCAGGAGGAGGAGAAGGAGGAGGUCUGUAUGUGGAUGAGUUCCUGGAUUUCGACGCUCCAUUUAACUGUCGACUCAGCCUAAAGGACUUCGACACUUUGAUCCACGACCUGGACCGAGAGCUGGCCAAACAGAUCAACAUCUGUCUGUAGGAGGAGGAGGAGGAGGAGGAGGUUCCUUCAACAGUCCCAGGAGUAUCAAACAACUACAACUCUGUUACAGCAGACUGACCUCAAAUCAGCUGCUAGUUUGACCUCUGACCUCCUCACGGCUUCCUCUGAUCGCUGAAGCUGAAGAGACUCCAUCAGGAAACCAGACUGAAACCAGCCAAAGAAAAAUAAUCUGCGUAUUUUCUUGUAAAUUGUUGACAUGUCUCUAUUUUCAGCAUCACAGUUUUCUCUAAUAAUAACUUUAAAUUCCAUAAAUUCACCUUUAUGAGAUAAUUGUGAUGUGAGAUUUGGAAGUUGGUGAACAUAUGUCCAUCAGCGGGAAGUGAUGAGUUUAACUCAAAGACAAGAUGGAUGCCGUUCUCAAUGUUUCCUGCUGGUCAGCAUGGAGGAUGAGCCCCAGUCUGUGCCAAAAGUCUAAAUCAAACCAGAUUAAUUUAUUUUUCUGAUCCAAAGAUGAGCGCAGCUUCAGAGUUCAUAUGAAGGAGAGGUUUGAGCCACACUGUCGGUUCAUAACCUUAUUAUUAUUAAUGUACAGAUGUUCUGAUGAUAAAGACCUUCUGAAGUCACAAGUGAAGUGAACUGUGUUGUUCUGGGUAUCAGGGUCGGAUCAUGCCGGAGUGAAUCGGGGCUGUUUGCACUGUUGAAGCCAUAUUUUCACUUGCUGUAAGUUUAAGUUGAAGAGCACAACCUGCAGUCAGAGUUCCCCUCACUCCGAUCAGUUGACAUGCGUUUAUAUUUAUUCUCCUUUCUUUGAGAGACCUUUGAAUUUGCUGCGAUGUGACAUCUGCAGAGAGCCUGAAAGGUCCCAGUGGAAAUGUUUUUCUGAACUGUCGUGUUUCCUCACAGGAUCUGAACCUUGUUGUUCUGUCAGAUGUGCAGGAGGAUACUGGAGGAGUUGUGGUUGCAGCUGCUGUCAGACCUCUGGCUUCUUCUGAAAAUAUAGAUCAGAAGGAGUAAAAAAUGAAUUGCCAAAGAACAGAAAAAAGAAAUCCCGCUGUGAUCUUUUCAGGUAUUAAGGUAGGCUGUGUUUUAGCAUCAUUAGCAUGUAGCAGUAGCACGUAGGUCGACUGUUUGUAGCUGCUUUUAUCUUUAAAAUGUCAAUGAUGACCUGAAGGGAGAGUAGGAGGAGCUUAACAUACCACACCCACUGCGUCUGUUUUCAUCUGAACAGACAAUAAAUAUCUGAAGUUUCACAACAUUUUUAAACUAAGAAAGCUCAGGAAGCAUGUUGAGCUGAGCAAACGAACACAAAUCUUGACUUGUGCAGUAACGAUGUUUAGAUUCUGUUCUGUUGUUGGUCGUGUUAAAGCCAUAUUCCUCCAAACGGGUUUGCAGGUAUCGGUCAGUGCUGCAGGUUUCUGUUGGUCCUGCUGGUUUGUGUUAGUCCUGCAGGUUCUGUUGGUCCUGCAGGUUUCUGUCGCCCCUCGCAGGUUUCUGUUGGUCCUGCUGGUUUGUGUUAGUCCUGCAGGUUUCUGUUGGUCCUGCAGGUUUCUGUCUGCCCUGCAGGUUUCUGUUGGUCCUGCAGGUUUCUGUCGCCCCUCGCAGGUUUCUGUUGGUCCUGCUGGUUUGUGUUAGUCCUGCAGGUUUCUGUUGGUCCUGCAGGUUUCUGUCUGCCCUGCAGGUUUCUGUUGGUCCUGCAGGUUUCUGUCUGCCCUGCAGGUUUCUGUUGGUCCUGCAGGUUUCUGUCUGCCCUCGCAGGUUUCUGUUGGUCCUGCAAGUUAUUGUCACCCCUCGCCAAUAUGAUAACGCUGCAUUUUCAGGACCCCUGCAGUCCUGGGACCACAGUUCUAGGGCCGCAGUUCUUUUGAGACAACGGCAUCUAGUGGAUUGGUGGUGGUAAUGCACAGCAACACGAAGGAUGUUAACGCUGUUAGCUGUAGGGUUAACCGGUCAUCGUGCAUAUAAUGAUCACCCUGUGAUGGUUAGGAGAAUUGGCUUCGGGGCUGUCAAGAGUAACAUAGCUAGCUGGCAGUAUCAAAGAACUAAAGUGUCCUACAAAUGCAUUUCUGGUCUGAAGAUUGCGAUCCUGAAACUGCAGCCUCUGGUACUGCAGCUACAUAUUAAUCCCCCUCGCAGGUUUCUGUCGCCCCUCGUAGGUUUCUGCUGGUCCUGCAGGUUUUUGGCACCCCUUGCAGGUUUCUGUAGCCCCUCGUAGGUUUCUGCUGGUCCUGCAGGUUUCUGUAGCCCCUCGCAGGUUUCUGCUGGUCCUGCAGGUUUCUGUCGCCCCUCGCAGGUUUCUGCUGGUCCUGCAGGUUUCUGUCGCCCCUCUGGUCCUGCAGGUUUCUGUAGCCCCUCGCAGGUUUCUGCUGGUCCUGCAGGUUUCUGUCGCCCCUCUGGUCCUGCAGGUUUCCUGAGCAACAGAACGAUGUGAGCUGCAGCCGGUCUUCAGUAUUUUCAUGGUACAGAGGUUCUAACUGUGAUGUGUUUGUGAAGCCACAGAACGAAGAAGAUGCCAUACUCAGUGUUAACGAUGAUGUUGUUGUUUUGAUGUUUUCUGUUUGUCGAUAUUUGACAGUAUUAUUUUGUUUUGCACAACUUCAAUAAGCACUUAUGUUUUUUAUUUUGUUUCUAUGCAGAUGAUGUAACCAAAGUGUUGAAGCACAGUUCUCGUUGGAACAGACCUGUCUGUACAACUUAUUAACCUGACCAACUAUUAAACACAUUAUUAUUAUUAUUAUUACUA